AUGUUGUCCGCCUUCACCGCGCGACCACUAGUCGAGCUCAAAGCGCGCGACAAAUCGCGCAUCGACUCCGUCCUCGCCUACGGCGACCGACUCCUCGCUGGCCUGAACAACGGCACCCUCCGCAUCUACCGCAUCACCGACGACAGCAAGACCGAGCUCCUCCGCGAGCUGGACAAAUUCGCCCGGUACAAGAUCGAGCAGCUGGCCCUCGUGAAGGAGGCCAAGGUGCUUGUUUCGUUGUCUGGUGGAUAUGUCUGCCUUCAUGAUUCGCAAUCGUAUGAGCUGCUUCAGCAGCUGAGCCAGACGAAGGGGGCGUCGGUUUUUGCCAUUACGUCGAAUGUUGUUAAUGACCCCGACACCAAUGUUCCGGCUAUUGUGUCGAGAUUGGCUGUUGCCGUUAAGAGGAAGGUGCUUAUGUGGGUUUGGAGGGAUAUGGAGCUUGAGGAGGAAGUUACGGAGUUGAGUCUUGUGAGUGCUGUUAAGACGAUUGCUUGGGUGAAUGCGACGAGAAUGGUUGUUGGGUUGAGCUCGGCGUUUGUUAUGAUUGAUGUUGAGUCGGGCGGGAUCUCUGAGUUGCCGGGCCCCGGGAGUAUGGAGGAGACGGGCAGGUUUACUGGUGUUGGUGCGGCAAGUAUGAGUUAUAUUGGGAUGGGUGGGAUGGUGCCGAAGCCUCUGGCAACAAGGUUGGCUGAAGGGGAGAUUCUGCUUGCGAAGGAUAUCAAUACGCAUUUUAUUGAUGUUGAGGGACAGCCGCUGGGCCGCAGACAGAUUCCUUGGAGCCAUGCGCCGGUGGAAAUUGGGUAUUCGUACCCGUUCUUGUUGGCGUUGCAUGAUACCUCGAAGGGGGUGCUGGAAGUGCGCAAUCCUGAGACGCUCUCGCUGCUUCAGUCUAUUCCGUUACCGGCUGCGAGUAUUCUGCACAUCCCCCAGCCGAAUAUCAGUCUUGCCCAUGCGGGCAAGGGGUUCCUUGUUGCGAGUGAUCGGACGAUCUGGCGGAUGGAGGCGCUCAGUUAUGAUACGCAGAUUGACUCGCUGGUGGAAAAGGGGUAUCUGGACGAGGCGAUUAGUUUGCUUGGUAUGCUGGAGGAUGCGCUGCUGAAAGACAAGCCGAACAGGCUUCGUUCUGCACAACUCGAAAAAGCGCAGAGCUUGUUCGCCUUGCAUAAAUAUCGCAAUUCGCUCGAUCUGUUCACGGAGGUUGCUGCGCCGCCUGAGACUGUCAUUCGUCUCUAUCCUCGACUAAUCGCUGGUGACCUUUCUGCUGUCCCAGUUCCCGACCCGCAAGCUGAGCACCCCGAUCAGAAUGGGAAUGGGUCCGACACGAAAGCCAAUGGAUCAGAUGGCUCGUUUGAGCGCCCAGCUGGGCAGUCAUUAUACGCCCCCUCGGUGCGAUCUCUUCUUCGCAGGACCGAGGACGGCAGUGAUACAAGCAGUAUCCGCGGCGAUGACAAGGACAACGAUAAAGAGCUCAAAAUGGCCGUCCGCGAGCUGCAGGGAUAUCUGGCCGAUGUUCGCCGACGAUUCCAGCGGUACCUGGGACCGGACGGCACUCUCAAGCUUCCUGCUCCUACGGAGGCGACGGAUGAAGCUAGUGACUCCGUGCUGAAGCUUCUGGACUUCCCGUCCCCGGCGGAAUUCCUCGAUGCAAUCCGUGAGAAAGCACGACUGGUCGACACGACUCUAUUCCGGGCACACAUGUUCGCCACGCCUUCGCUGGCAGGAUCCCUCUUUCGAAUCGCCAAUUUCUGUGACCCGGAAGUGGUCAUGGAACGACUGGAGGAAACAGGUCGAUACAAUGAUCUCAUCGACUUCCUCUAUGGCAAGAAGCUACAUCGACAGGCGCUGGAGCUACUGCACCGGUUCGGCCAGGAGGAGUCUGGACUACUGAGCGGUCCUGCGCGUACGGUGGGGUACCUGCAAAAUCUACCCCCGGAUGAAAUCGAUCUGGUACUCGAAUUCGCAGACUGGCCUUUUCGCACCCAGCCCGAGAUGGGCAUGGAGAUAUUCCUAGCGGAGACGGAGAAUGCAGAGACUCUGCCGCGACCACGGGUACUUUCGUUCUUGGAGGGUGUCGAUUCGAAUCUGGCCAUUCGAUAUCUGGAGCAUGUCAUUCAGGAGUGGAACGAUCUGACGCCCGAUCUGCAUCAGCGUCUUGUCAUGCUGUACCUUAGCCAUAUCAUCGCCGACAAGAAUAGCCCGUACAAGGAGAAGUUCCUGGCUAUUCUGAAAGACAGCGAGCAGUACUCGCCCGCAAAGACGUUGGACCGACUGGACCGCGAUGAUCCUGAUUUCUACGAGGCGAGGGCCAUUCUCUUCGGCAAGAUGGGACAGCACCGUCAAGUAUUGGAGAUCUACGUCUUCAAGCUGAAAGACCAUGAGAAGGCGGAAGAGUACUCCAACUACAUCCACCUCUCCGAAGGCCAAGACGAAGAAGACUCCAUCUACCUCACCCUGCUCUCCCUCUACCUGACCCCUCCGCACGGCUACGAGCCCCAACAUGGUCCUGCUCUCGCUGUCCUCGCCAAACACGGGUCGCGACUCCCCGCCGACUCCGCCCUGUCACUGAUUCCCACCGCCCUGCCGGUACAGGAACUGGAGUUCUAUUUCAAGGGCCGCAUGCGCGCCGCCAACUCGGUGUUCAACGAGGCCCGCAUCGUGGCUAACCUCCGCAAGUCCCGCGACAUGCAGACGCAGGCCCAGCUUGCACUCGGCGACGGCGUCCGUGGUGGCGGGACGCGUGCGCGCCAUGUCACUGUCACCGAGGAGCGGAUUUGUGGUGUUUGUCACAAGCGGUUGGGUGGUAGUGUGAUCAAUGUAUUCCCCGACAACACCGUCGUCCAUCUCGGCUGCGCCAAUCGUGUCGCCAGCGCUCGGGCGUAG